AUGAAUGAAGAAAAGAUGUCAAGUGUUCCUCAGUUCAAUGGUCAACACUAUGACCAUUGGAGCGAAUUGAUGGAGAACAUAUUAAGGGCAAAAGGAUUGUGGAGUCUUUUUGAAGACGGCCUUGAAGAACCCAGAGAUGGUGUUGCGCUUACUGAUGCUCAAAGAAUCACGUUUGAACAGGUACUGGACAAAAGCAAUUCCAAAGUCAUUUGGGACUCGUUGAAGUUGAAGUUUAGGGGAAACGAGCGAGUGAAGCAGUCGCUCCUUAACACUUUAAGACAAGAUUUUGAAGUGUUGGAAAUGAAGAAAGAAGAGAUCACCAGUGAGUAUUUCACCAGAGUGAUGUUAGUGACAAAUCAAAUGAGAAGCAAUGGAGAAGAGAUACCAAACUCGAAGAUAGUGCAGAAAAUACUGAGAACCUUAACUGAAAGGUUCACUUAUGUUGUUGUGUCCAUUGAAGAAUCCAAGAACACAAUCUCCAUGAGUGUUGAUGAACUGCAAAGCUCUCUAGCAGUCCAUGAACAAAAGUUCAAAAGAAUGGAACAACGUGAAGAUCAAGUUCUGAAGGUGAGCACGAAAGGCAGAACAAAAGGUCGAAGUGGCAGAUCUCCAAACAGAGGACGAGGACGUCGAAGAGGAAGACAACCAUUCGAUAAGUCCCUCAUCGAAUGUCAUCGCUGUCAUAACUUGGGACAUUUUCAAUACGAAUGUCCAACCUGGGAAGGAAACUAUGCAGAGCAUGAUGAGAAAGAAGAAAUGCUUCUGAUGGCUCAGAUUGAUUUUCAAGAGCAUAUCAAAGAAGAUGUGUGGUUUCUGGACUCGGGAUGUUCAAACCAUAUGAGUGGGGAUCUAUCUACGUUCAUGCAGAUGGAUUACAACUGUCAAUAG